UGCCUUCCCCCUUCACCUCAGCUUCCCCGGCGCGGGGGCUGGGAGAGCCCCUCCCCCUGGGGCCUGCUCCCCUCUGCCUGGCGUGUGAUCCUCGCUAGCCCCCUGCCCAGCCCCACCAGCAGAGCGCUCCGGGGCGGGGGGCUGAGUUUGACGGAUCGAUGGUGGUUUCUCUUCUCUCACUCCCCGCACACCGAGGAGUGUUUCCCUUUCCGGGGGGAGAGUUGAGCCUUAGUUGUAAAGCAGGAGCCUGCGAGUCACCUCGAGCGAGUCGCUGGUGUUUUCUCAUCUCCCCCCCGCCGCCGCCGCCCUGAAGUGUGUGUGAGGUGAAAGUCCGUCAUACGUGAAAGUCUUUGAAAUCUUACGUUAGGGAACUGUGUUUGCACUUCUGUGCAGGAUUCUUCUGCACAUUGUACUUCAGCAGGUUCCAGCUAUUCAGCAGAAAAGAACUGUGGCAUUUCUAAACCAGUUUAUGGUUCACACAGUGCAGUUUCUCAACCGCUUUUCUACUGUUUGUGAAGAGAAGUUGUCAGCUCUAUCUCUCCGAAUCCAACAAAUUGAAACAACGCUUAACAUUUUGGAUGCAAAGUUGUCAUCUAUUCCCGGCUUAGAAGAUGUCAAAUUUGAAGUGUCCAGUGCAAAUAUGAACAGUGUUACAAAUGGUCCAGUUCCACAAGCCACUACAGAUCAGCACUCAGUAUCUGUAUCUCCUCAGUCAGAACAGAAUAGCAUACAUGAGGUAGGACAACAGAAAACAGAAGCAGCAGCAGAAAAUGUCAUGACUGUAGCCAAGGAUCCAAGAUAUGCCAGAUAUCUCAAAAUGGUUCAAGUGGGUGUUCCUGUAAUGGCAAUAAGAAACAAAAUGCUUUCUGAGGGGCUAGACCCAGAUCUCCUUGAAACACCAGAUGCCUUAGUGCCUGCCUGGGGAGAUGAAGUGAAUGCAGAAGAAAGUUCUGACAGUGAAUCUUCAUUUAGUGACUAAAGAGACUGAUUUCUGCCUUAGAACUUCUGAUAAGUGCUAUAUAUUCCAUGCUUUUUAUAUUAUAGCAGGAGAAUAGUAAAUAAUUAUUCAUAUGGCUCAAACAAAACCAAACACCUUUUUUGGUGCUGUGGUCCUCGUGUUCUCUUCCAGGAAGUUUUGACAGACAGACAGACGCAUUCAACCUGAACUAAGAGCCCAAUCAGUAUAGCUCAUAAUGCAUUAUCACAAGCUGAGAAGGCCUUAUACAAGAUUCUUCUGUCUUUCAGAAGUAAAAAAUACUAUUUAUAUAUUAAACUGUCAUUUGUGAAACUCUAAUAAAGACUUUUGUCUGAUAUGA